CUUACAGUAACGACAAUCAACCCAGCUCAUCUUCGUUCCUCCUGACUUAUAGCUCAAAACCCAACAUACAACAGAGAAAUAGCUAAAGACUAGACAAGUCUAAAGGAGAUGUGGAGGCGCGUGGCUUCGCUUUCUUCUUUCAUCUCAUCCUCCAGCUCCUCCUUCGUUGCCCAGUCAGCCUCCAGACUGAAUACUUGGGAAUCAUUAACUACGGGGAUCGCCCAACCGGCAAAAGGUGUUAUAGCCCCCAAAGAGAAAACUCCAUUCAUAACUUUUGUCCUAGGUGGUCCUGGUAGUGGAAAAGGUACUCGGUGUAUAAAGAUUGUUGAGACCUUUGGGUUCACACAUUUGAGUGCUGGAGAUUUGUUAAGAAGGGAAAUAGCUUCUAACAGUGCAGAUGGGUAAUAAUUUCUCAUCAUUGUUUAUAGAUCAUAGUGUUAAGUGACUAUACUAAUCCAUAUCCUCUGAUGAUAUAUCUUUGAUUUCACU